AUGUCUUCCGACAAGCCGCUCCCGUUCAUAUACCAGUUCGCCGCAGGCGCCGUCGCCGGCGUGUCGGAGGCAACGCAUCUAUAUGGCGAGACUGACGACGGCUAUAGACAGCUGCAGACGGGCAAGGGCGGCGGUGCGGACGCCUACACAGGCAUGCUCGACUGCUUCCAAAAGAUCAUUCGCAAUGAAGGGUUCUCGAGAUUGUACCGCGGUAUCACCGCGCCCAUCCUGAUGGAGGCGCCCAAGCGUGCGACCAAGUUCGCCGCCAACGACGAGUGGGGCAAGUUCUACCGCAAGGCCUUCGGUGCCGAGAAGAUGACACAGUCGCUGUCAAUCCUCACGGGUGCGACUGCCGGUGCGACCGAGUCCUUCGUUGUCGUUCCCUUUGAGUUGGUCAAGAUUCGACUUCAGGACAAGGCCUCCGCCGGGAAGUACAACGGCAUGCUGGAUGUUGUCAUGAAGACGGUGCGCCAGGAAGGUGUUCUUGCCAUGUACAAUGGCCUGGAGAGCACGCUAUGGAGACAUAUCCUCUGGAACGCCGGUUAUUUCGGCUGCAUCUUCCAAGUAAGACAGCUCCUACCCAAGGUUGAGGACAAGAGGGCACAGAUGGUCAACGACAUUGCGGCGGGCUCAAUCGGUGGUACCGUUGGAACGCUCCUCAACACCCCGAUGGACGUCGUCAAAUCUCGUAUCCAGAACAGCCCCAAGGUGGCCGGAGCAGUGCCCAAGUACAACUGGGCCUGGCCCGCCGUGGGUACCGUCAUGAAGGAGGAGGGUUUCGCAGCUCUGUACAAGGGUUUCCUGCCCAAGGUACUCAGACUUGGACCGGGUGGCGGUAUUCUGCUCGUUGUCUUCCAGGGUGUUACGGACUUCUUCCGAAAGAUGAGGAACGAGUAA